AUGUCUCAUUCGUAUUUAAUCACCGGUGCAUCCUCCGGAUUCGGCAUGCACAUCGCAAUCAAAGCACUCAAGGCCGGCCACAAGGUGGUUGGCACGGCUAGGAAUGUCGAGUCCGCAGCAAAGCGAUACCCUGAACUUGAACACACCGGUGGGCACUGGAUCAAACUCGACGUGACCGAUCCUGGCACUCAAGAUGAGGUUAGCCAAAUCGUGGCCGAUCAUCAUGUCAAUGUCUUGAUCAACUGUGCAGGCUACGGUAUCCUCGGUUCGCUCGAAGACAUGAGUGAAGCCGAGUUCCAGAAACAGAUGGACACCAACGUGACUGGCACCGUACGGUGCAUCAAGGGCGCCCUGCCGCACUUUCGCUCCCUGCAGGACAAGGGCGGAAGCACCAUUGUGAAUGUCAGCAGCGUGGCAGGUUACCGGGGCGGUGCAUCGGCGACUGCAUACGCCGCUUCCAAGUUUGCGAUUGAAGGGCUCAGCGAAGCCCUCGCCCCCGAAGUCGGUCCCUUUGGAAUCCGCGUCCUGUCGGUGGCGCCGGGGACGUUCCGCACCAAUUUCCUCACUGACUUCCCUCGACCUGACGCGGGUUUGGGUGCCGCCUAUGCUGAUGGGCCCGUGGCGGCUGCGCUGGCUAGGUUCGAGUCAAUGGAUGGGAAGCAACCAGGAGAUCCGGCCAAAGCUGCAGAUAGAAUUAUCGAACUCAUUGACGUCAAUGAUAUGGGUGCUCAGUUCAGGGAGCGCGGCCAUGGAACGGUGUUCCGGGUCCUCCUCGGAAAGGAUUGUCAUGCUGCCGUGAUUGCCAAGUCGCAACAGGUACAAGAGGAUAUCGAGUCGAUCAGAGAGGUUGCGCUCAGCACCGACUUUUGA